GAAGAAGCAAGAUGGCGGCGCUCGGUACGGCACGGUGCUUAUUUCGAGGCUGUUCUUGGCUGCAAAAUGUUCAGAGAAAUAAAAACUUGCUUGACAGAUGUAGCACCAGGACGUUUUGCAGCGAUACACAAGACAGUGUGCAAAACCAUGCAAAGCCCCAAUUCACAGAUCCACUUGUGCAGAGCAUCCUCACCAGGAUAAGUGGCCUGGACCUGCAGAAGGUGUUUCAACCGCUUAAACAGGAACUGAAGCCGCCAACGUAUAAACUCAUGACCGAUGAACAGUUGGAGCAGGUGGUGAAAUUGGCCACAGAGAAAGCUAAGAAGCUGCUGCAAAUGCCACCUGUUUUACCCGAGAGGAAGCCCAUUAGUGACGUACUGUCUGUGGACAAGAUUCUGGAUGGCACGGAUACAGCAAAAUACGUCUUCACAGACAUAACUUACAACAUUCCACACAGGGAAAGGUUCAUUGUUGUCAGGGAGACCAAUGGCACUCUAAGAAAAGCCACCUGGGAGGAAAGAGACCGGCUCAUUCAGGUGUACUUCCCAAAGGAGGGACGGAAACUCACUACACCUCUUCUCUUCAGUGAGGAGAACCUAAAGAUGGCAUUCUCUCAGGACCGACACAAAGAUGUGUUGGACCUGUGUUUGGUCCAAUUUGAACCUGACUCAUCACAGUACAUCAAGGUGCAUGCUGCCACCUAUGAGAAUCUGGAGAAACAUGGGAAAUAUGAACUUCUUCGUUCUACCCGGCACUUUGGAGGCAUGGCCUGGUACCUGGUUAACGCUCGCAGGAUUGAUGGCCUCAUUGUGGACAUGCUGAAGAAGGAAUUUGUGCCGGAUGCAGUAAGCCUCGUGUCCCUCUUCCACCUGGUGCACCCUCACAGUGAGUCAGCCCAGGAAGCUUCCAGCCUGAAGGCUACAGACACUGACCUUCUCAAGAUCUAUGCCCUGAAGGAAUCCCAGAGGUCGGGCUACAUUGAGUUGGCCUUGCAGGCAUAUGAACAGACCGUGCCUAACAGCGCUGCUGUCUGAUCGACUUACUCUCAUUUGGAAUUCUGCAAAUCGACAGAGAAAGAUAACCUCAAGCUAAAGGGGAUGCUAUGUAGCCUCUCAUUUGAAGUCUAUGCAGAGAGUUUUGUCACGGUACAGUAAUAUGUACUUCAUAAAUUAACAGUUUAUGGAGACAGAUUGCAUGCCAAUUGUGUUUGGAGUUUGUGUCCUACCUACAGUUUCUACAUAAAUGAACUGAAUUCACUGAAAUAAAAAUGUCGAUGUA